AGUGGCCCCCGACCUGUCGAGAGCCGUAAGUGAAGUGUCGCAAAGCAGAAGUGAGGCAGGAGCCCCGACUGCAAACGUUGAGGCAGUAGAGGCCGCUAUGGCGAACGCUCCGUGGGCCGAGAUCUGCGAGAAGUUCCAGGCGGCGCUGGCCCUGUCGCGGGUGGAGUUGCAUAAAAACCCGGAGAAGGAACCGUACAAGUCCAAAUACAGCGCCCGGGCGCUGCUGGAGGAGGUCAGGGCGCUGCUCGGCCCCACGCCCGAGGACGAGCAGGAGCGGCCCGAGGCCGACGAUGGCCCGAGUGCGAGGGACCACGCCCUGGGGCUGCCUGCUGAGGCGCUGGAGCCCGAGGGGCCCGUGGCUCAGCAGGCGGUGAGGCUGGCGGUGGUUGAGUUCCACCUUGGGGUGAACCACGUCGACACGGAGGAGCUGUCGGCGGGCGAGGAGCACCUGGUGAAAUGUCUGCGGCUGCUGCGCAGGUACCGGCUCUCGAACCACUGCGUCUCCCUCUCCAUCCAGGCGCAGAAUAAUCUGGGUAUCUUGUGGUCUGAAAGAGAAGAUAUUGAAACUGCACAGGCUUACCUAGAGUCAUCAGAAGCACUAUAUAAUCAGUAUAUGAAAGAGAUUGGGAGUCCUCCUCUUGAUCCCACUGAGCAUUUUCUUCCUGAAGAAGAGAAACUUACUGAACAAGAGAGAUCAAAAAGAUUCGAGAAGGUUUAUACUCAUAACCUCUACUACCUGGCUCAGGUCUACCAGCAUAUGGAAAUGUUUGAGAAGGCUGCUCAUUAUUGCCACAGUACACUGAAACGUCAACUUGAGCACAAUGCUUAUGAUCCUAUAGAGUGGGCCAUCAAUGCUGCUACCUUAUCACAAUUUUACAUCAAUAAGCUAUGCUUUAUGGAGGCCAGGCACUGUUUAUCAGCUGCUAAUGUCAUUUUUGGUCAAACUGGAAAGAUCACAGUCACAGAAGAUACUCCUGAAGCUGAAGGAGAUGUGCCAGAGCUUUAUCAUCAAAGAAAAGGGGAAAUAGCACGAUGCUGGAUCAAGUACUGUCUGACGCUCCUGCAGGAUGCGCAGCUCUCCAUGCAGGACAACAUAGGAGAACUUGAUCUUGAUAAGCAAUCUGAACUUAGAGCUUUGAGGAAAAAAGAACUGGAUAAGGAAGAAAGCAUUAGGAAAAAAGCUGUGCAGUUUGGAACUGGUGAACUGUGUGAUGCCAUCUCUGCAGUGGAAGAGAAAGUGAGCUAUUUGAGACCUUUAGAUUUUGAGGAAGCCAGAGAACUCUUCUUAGUGGGUCAGCACUAUGUCUUUGAGGCAAAAGAGUUCUUCCAGAUUGAUGGUUACGUCACUGACCAUAUUGAAGUUGUCCAAGACCACAGUGCUCUGUUUAAGAUGCUUGCCUUCUUUGAAACUGACAUGGAGAGACGAUGCAAAAUGCACAAACGCAGAAUAGCCAUGCUGGAGCCCCUCAUAGUAGACCUGAAUCCACAGUACUAUUUGUUGGUCAACAGACAGAUCCAGUUUGAAAUUGCACAUACUUACUAUGAUAUGAUGGAUUUGAAGGUUGCCAUUGCUGACAAGUUAAGGGAUCCUGAUUCACACAUUGUUAAAAAAAUCAAUAAUCUUAAUAAGUCAGCAUUGAAGUACUACCAGCUCUUCUUAGACUCACUGAGAGACCCAAAUAAAGUGUUUCCUGAGCAUAUAGGGGAAGAUGUCCUUCGCCCUGCCAUGCUAGCUAAGUUUAGAGUUGCCUGUCUCUAUAGCCAAAUCAUCACUUCAGAUCCCAAGAAAGAGCUAGAAAAUUUGGCAGCAUCGUUGGAACAUUACAAAUUUAUUGUUGAUUAUUGUGAAAAGCACCCUGAGGCUGCCCAGGAAAUAGAAGUUGAGCUAGAACUUAGUAAAGAGAUGGUUAGUCUUCUCCCAACAAAAAUGGAGAGACUCAGAACCAAGACGACCCUGACUUAACUCCUGCUUUUAAAGAAAGGACAUGUGUAACACUGAAGUGAUUUUUUAACAAGCCCAAUUCCAUUGUGAUACUUAUAGCCAGAUGAGUGCACCUUGAACUUGAGUCAGAUCAACUGAGUCUUUGGUAGGAUCUUAAUCAACAUAAAGAUAAUUAAUAAUUUACAUCUAAUUAUGCAAAUUUCCCGGUUAAAGUAACCUGUGAUUUGUAUUUUAGAUUGCUCGUUUCCUGUUUAAUUAUAGACAUUUCUUGUCUCAGUUUCUAAUUGUAGAUUCUUGGUAUGCUAGUACUUGAUAGGUUCCUUAUAAGGGAAAAUGCUGGUUAAUGAACCUGGUGGAUAAGUCUGUUACUAUAUUAGCAUUGAGAAAGUAACUUCCUGUAGUUAUUCUUUCUAAAAUAUUUGCUUUCCUAAAUUCCCCUCAAAAAACUUCCUUUUAAAAAUAAUAAAAACUAAGUAACGACAUUGUAAAGUGUAUGUAAAUGGUUUGUCUUAACUAUAGAGGAAAAAGGUUAUUGGAAAUAUAAUAAAUUGACUUUUUUCACUAAUAAAAACUUUCAUUUCUUCUUUUA